AUGUCGCCCAGCAUCCACCAUGCAACCCAUCACCAACCAUUCCACCCAACACCACAAUCCACCUUGAUGCACAUCGGAAUGGACACGACGAGCAUGUUGCAGAGGACGCUGAUCAUCGAGGCUGCACCGGCCCCACCUGAUGGCGGCUGGGGCUGGGUGGCAGUGCUGGCGGGCUUCGUCUGCCACCUGGUCAUAGACGGCAUAGUCUACUCAUCCGGCAUCUUUUUCGACGAGUUCCUCACCUACUUCGGCGAGGGCUAUGCUGCCACCUCGUGGAUAUCUUCCAUCACUUUCGGUUGCUACCUCAUCUCAAGUCCCGUGGCGAGCGGGCUGACGAUCCGGUAUGGCUGCCGGCGCAUCGCCAUCCUCGGUUCGGUCAUGUCCUCGUUCGGGCUGUUCAUCAGCGUCUACGCGACAGGCAUCAAGUUCCUCUACUUUUCCCUCGGAUUCAUCACUGGCACCGGCUUCGGCUUCACGCUCCUCCCGGCCAUCGUGUGCGUGACGUCGUACUUCGACCGGCGCCGCUCCCUCGCGACGGGCAUCACCGUGUGCGGCUCCGGAGUCGGCACAUUCGUCAUGGCACCGCUCGUGCAGGCACUGGUGCGCGUGUAUGGCUGGAAGGGCACGCUGAUUAUCUGCUCGGGCCUUAGCCUACAGGUAGACAUCGGUGACGGUAUAUAUGUUGAAAAGGGCCUGCUGAAGAGGCAGCACCUGGAUGCUAACAACUCAGGCUUUGAGUUCGCGGGGGGCCUCCUUAAAGCUCCUUUUACAAAACAAGAGUUUGAAGGGAUGUCCUUCUUUGGACGGACGUCAAAUGGCUUCCACAGAAGGAUCCGUUGGAUUCCAUGA